AUGGAUAAUUCUUCUUAUGAUAAAAUUACUAGCACACUGGUAACAACUGUAUUUGAUAAUUCAACAAUUUCAACUCCGCCUUUAUUUGGUUCGGAGCAAAUAGUAUGGAUGGUGAUUGCCAUUCCGACAAUCAUUACUAAUUCGAUAUUAUUGGGCUUAAUCUUCUUUACCAAUGAUCUUAAAAAAGCAACCAAUAGCUUUAUGGCAAGUAUGUCGGCUGUCGGUAUACUGUGGGGUGCUUUCUAUCUCUUACCACGCUGGAGCUUAAUUAAUUUUAUACGUACGGAUUGGUUAUUUUGCUCGCUGUCACCCCAAAUUGGUAUCUUUUUAACAAUUAUAAUCAAUUUACAUUUAUGUCUGAUUAGUAUAGAUAAAUAUAUUGCAAUUAUUUAUCCAUUUGAGUAUAUAAGAUGGGCUUCGACAUUAAGUAUAUCGAUCGCUAUCGUCACUGUUUGGAUAUUGCCUUUAAUUGUUGCUUUAUUACCCCAAAUGACAUUUCGACAACUUAAUUAUAAGACAUGUCAUGUUCUUAAUAGGCAAGAUUUGACUUCUGAAAAGAACUAUUUAAUUGCUGUAUUUUCAAUCUUGUUUUUCAUCCCUAUAGCAUGUAUGGUAUUGGCUUAUGGUAAUAUCUUUAUCGUUGCUAAUAAACAACUAAAGCUCGAUUUAGAUCAGGAUGCUGGUAAAAAUAAACAAUCAAUUGUUAUGAAUAUUAAAGCUGCACGUUAUCUAUCAAUUAUCGUUGGAGUAUUUGUUGUUACAUGGUUACCGUACGUCUCUUUUUUCUUCUCCAUGUUUUUACAACCACGAAAAGAGUUAUUUACGACAUUUGUAACACUUCGCUAUAUUGCCUUCUGCUAUCCAAUGGUUAAUCCAGUCUUGUAUGGUUACUUCCAUUAUGAUACAAGAAAAGGGUUCUUAAAGUGUAUUGGUUAUCGAAGAGCUGAUCGUAUCCAGCCUCUUCCUUCAGGAAGUGUGACGAACUCUCGUUAUGCUUCACAUGGUAAAGUUCGUUGGGUGUAA